AUGAGCAAUCCAUUUAGUAAACGCAGACGAAUUGAAGCUGGCGAUGUGAUCAAUCGAGAAGUGCUUGAUUUUGAUUUUGCCAAAGUAUGCCUGCAGACACUUUCGUCAAUUAAUGUUUAUUGUUGUUUAGUGUGUGGCAAGUAUUUUGAAGGGCGAUCUGAGUCAUCACCAGCAUAUAACCACGCCAUAAGCACCAACCAUCAAAAGUAUUUGAGUUUUGAAACAGAAAAGUUUUAUCUUCUUCCUGAAGGUAAGGAGAUACCAUCACAACAAGAUGUCAUUGAUUACCUCAAUCCGAGGUACACACAAAGAGAUAUUGAACUACUUCCAAGGAUCUCGUUUGAUUUGCACACCAAAAAAUACCUUGUUGGAUAUGUUGGAUUGAAUAAUAUUAAGAACAAUGAUUAUGCCAAUGUUGUGGUGCAGGUGCUAGCCCAUAUCGAACCUAUACGGAACCACUAUUUGUUGAUGGCAGAUAACACCAAUUCCGAUUCUUUGAACGGACAUCUUGCUCUUCUUAUACGGAAAAUGUGGUCGCCACACUUGUUCAAGAGCCAUAUUGCGCCACACGAGUUUAUGAAUAGUGUCAUUGAUACAUCGAAGAAGAGGUUUACAUUGGAGAAGGGACAUCCGAAAUUGUUUUUGGUUUGGCUAUUGAAUGGGGUUGAUGGACCAUAUGAGUGUUUAAGAGGGGAAAUAGAGAUCACAACCACGCCGGUGGUGCCACAUGAGGGUAGUGAGAAGGUUGAGUUUGUUAGUUUGGAUACAAAGACUACGCAGCUGAAGUUUUGGUUUCUUUCUGUUGAUGUUCCACUGCAGGUUGAGGAGGUGAGUUUAGUGGAGUUGAUGAGAAAGUAUGAUGGGGAGAGUACGACCCAGGGGAAACAGGAGAUUAGGACGUAUAAGAUUGUGGAGUAUCCGAAGUUUAUGGUUGUUGUGCUUGAGGGGGGAUCUGCCGUAGUAAAGUUUGGAGAAGAAAUGGAUUUAAAUGGGAAAAAGUAUGAGUUGCUCUGCAGUGUGAAGAAGAAUAAGAAGAGUGGUGGGUGGGGAGUUUCGUUGAGAACCCAAACUGGUGGGUGGGUGCUGAUCGAGGAUCUACAGGUGAAAGAGCAAAGUUCGGAGUUGUUGUUUUUAGAUAAGAACUAUAUACUAGUGUGGAGAUUAAGUAACGAAUAA